CUUAUUUCUCCACAGCGGGCUGCAAACUCCUAUGUUUGGACUGUGUGAUGAGAAGCCGCGGAUGAACUCUCUCUCCUGCCCGCGCCCCUGAGGUUCUGCGGGAAACCCCGCGGAAUGUAGAGGCGGAGCGCGCAGUGACAGAGAGCCGGGCGGGGGUGAGCGGGGGGAGGCGGAGUCACGGCACUUCUGCCAGGGCCGCCAUUUUUGCACAGGGAAAAGAGACAGGAUUGAAGGGAUCCAGUUUCUAACUGUCGGCAUAGAUAUGGACAAAAUUCUCGGCUUUUAACAGACUCUGACUGUACGCUUGGAUUAGAGCAGGACGAAGCGAAAUACAAGUGCGAAAUAGCGCGAUUUGUAAAGCUUUGUUACACAUCCGCAGUGGAGAGCGAAGUAUUGUUUUGGUUGUGUGGUAGAUCAGGCGGCGGGGUCUCACCCGAGUCCCCCGUGUCUUUAUUCACAGUUAUUACAGUGGACAUCAACGGCCUUGUGGAUGCACUUAGAUGUGUGCAAUGAGUGCUGUGGCUGACAUGCCUCAGUGUUUUGGAUUGCUGUGUUCUGGACUCAGUAGGACAAGAGACUCCCAGCACAGAACGUCAUGAGCGUAGUCAUCCCAGUAGGGGUGGACACGGCCAACACCUCGUACCUGGACAUGGCUGCAGGCUCAGAACCAGAAUCUGUGGAGGCGAGCUCUGUGGUAGUUGAGAAGUCCAGCUACCCUCACCAGAUUUACAGCAGCAGCUCCCACCACUCUCACGGCUACAUCGGUCUGCCUUACGCCGACCACAAUUAUGGGGCGCGACCCCCACCCACCCCGCCGGCGUCCCCGCCUCCCUCGGUGCUGAUCCGGCCGGGAGAGAGUUUGUUUGUGUCCGGAGGCCGGCCAGGCGAGAACUUGUUCGUGCCGGGCGGACAGGACGAGGCGUCGCGUGGCACCACGCUCAGCACCUCGGAAGACGGCAGCUACGGUGCUGACAUCACACGCUGCAUUUGCGGCUUUACCCAUGACGAUGGCUACAUGAUCUGCUGCGACAAGUGCAGUGUGUGGCAGCACAUAGACUGCAUGGGGAUCGACCGGCAGCACAUUCCCGAGACCUACCUGUGUGAACGCUGUCAGCCACGCACCCUGGACCGAGAGCACGCCAUCCUACUACAAACCAGGAAGAGGGAGAACAUGUCUGACGGGGACACCAGUGCUACGGAAAGUGGGGAUGAGGUUCCACUAGAGUUGUACACAGCGUUUCAGCACACCCCCACCAGCAUCACACUCACAACAGCACGUCUCGGCAACAAACAAGCUGACAAGAAACGAAAGAAGAGUGGAGAAAAGGAGCCCCCGGCUACAGCCAGGGCCAAGAAGUCAUUCCGUGAAGGCUCUAGAAAAUCGUCUAGAGUAAAGGGCUCAGCUCCCGAGUGUGAGCCGACAGAUCCUCCCUCUCUUUGGGAGAAUAAGAUGAAGUCGUGGAUGGAGCGCUAUGAGGAAGCCAGCAGUAACCAAUACAGUGAAGAAGUGCGGAUACUGCUACGAGUAAAAGAAGCCAGAGAUGGCAAAACGCUGGCCUACAAUACACACACCGCAGCCUUCAAACCACCUGUAGAGAGUCACGUACAGAAGAACAAACGCAUUCUUAAAGCUGUUCGGGAUUUGGCUGCCGAUUCGCUCAUAAUCGAGUACAGGGGGAAGGUCAUGCUACGACAGCAAUUUGAAGCGAAUGGUUACUUCUUUAAAAGGCCGUACCCUUUUGUAUUGUUCUACUCUAAGUUUGACGGUUUAGAAAUGUGCGUGGACGCACGGAGCUUCGGCAACGAGGCCCGAUUCAUUCGUCGCUCGUGCACCCCCAACGCUGAGGUGCGGCACGUAAUCGAAGACGGCAUGCUGCAUUUAUACAUUUACUCUCUGAGGUCCAUCUCUAAGGGGAGCGAAAUCACCAUUGGCUUUGAUUAUGACUACGGCAGCUGUAAAUAUAAGGUGGACUGUGCGUGUGUGAAAGGCAAUCAGGAAUGCCCUGUGCUUAAGCAUAACUUGGAACCCACGGAGAAUCUGGGUUCUAGCACACGACGGCGCGGCCGCAAGGACAAAGAACCGUCGCGGGACGAGAGCGGACAGAACCAGAACCUCACGAUGGACUGUGACGGGCCCAAGGCGAAAUCGCUCAAUGACGCCAAACAGAGAAAACUCUCUCCUCUACGGCUCUCCAUAUCUAACAAUCAGGAUCCUGAGUUAAUAGAGGAUCUAGAAGAGAAAACCUCCGUUAGCAAUGAAGUAGAGAUGGAGUCAGAGGAGCAGAUUGCAGAAAGGAGGAGGAAGAUGACACGUGAAGAGAGGAAGAUGGAGGCCAUUCUGCAAGCAUUUGCUCGUAUGGAGAAAAGAGAAAAGCGGAGGGAGCAAGCGUUAGAAAGGAUCGGCACCAAAGGAGAAGUUGGUGGACGCAGCGAAAUCAAGGAAGAGCCUCCUGCUACACCUGAGGCCGAAUCUCCUGCCACUAUACAGCCCAUGCUAGAGGUGGUGAAGGAGGAGCCUUGUCUGAAGCCAGCAAAAGUGAGCCGUAACAAGCAGAGGAAAAGCUUCUCUCGGAACCGCACACACAUCGGCCAACAAAGGCGGCGAGCGCGAACGGUCAGCGCCUGCUCCGACUUGCCACCCAGCUCUCCUGGUGACACUUUAGAGCCCUUAACAACAGAGACUCAUGAUGGAGAGACACCUUCUGCCCCCGAGGCUGACGCUCCGCCAUCACACCCCCCUGACACCAGCCCACCCCACAGCGGCUCACCCGCCCCAACUUGCCGCAGUGGACAGAAGUACCCCAAAACUAAAAAGCACUUAGUGAGCGAGUGGAUGGGUGUGGAUAAACAGGAACGGGGAGCUUCGCGAACUCCGGAGCCGCCUCCUGAGAGGCCGUUGCGGAUCAGUAGUGAUCCUGAGGUCUUGGCCACACAGUUGAACUCUUUACCGGGCAUGGCCUGCAGUUCACACGUCUACAGCACGCCCAAACACUACGUCCGCUUCUCCUCUCCUUUUCUGGCCAAUCGUAGCCCUAGCACUCUGGGAGUGCCCACAGGGCGGCGGCGCUCGAGAGAAAUGCCUGAAACACCAACUACCACUGGUUCCUGCAAGAAGCGCUGGUUGAAGCAAGCUUUAGAAGAGGAGGGCUCGACCAGUCCAGGUGGAGGGCGUCCUUCUCUGCAGAUGCCUAGUGAGAGCCCUCUCAGCCCCUCUAUAAACGGCGAGUCCUACAGCCCUCUACCCCUCAACGGCAGUUGCUCACUACCAGAGUUGCCUACCCCGUUGAAGAAAAGGCGCUUAUGUUCACUCGAUCCCUGUAUGUCGGAGACUUCCACCCCAUACGGGUCCCCAUGUGCCACCCCAACCCGAACGGAGUCAACAGAUACACCGGGCACGCCCCUGCUGCUUGCCACGCCUCCUCGACCGCGACCAGAGGAACCCAGCACUGAGCCCUCAACACCCUUGCAGAUUCCCAGCCACCCUCUGCCACAAGAGAGUGAGUCAUCUAUGGACAGCUCUCCAGAUGGCAGCCGGAGGCCGAGUACACAAGACGUUGAGCGACCUCCUUCGCUGCUGGCAUCUCCCAGUGUGAGAAAUGCAAGCUCUGAUACGGCUCCGCAGGAAUCUACAAAAUCUAUGGGGUCUCAAAGUCCUCAGCCCUCCCAUGCUGAGCCCCAGGAUGCUGCAGUAGAUGAAGGCAUGGAGAUUGACGGUGGUGGUUCAGAAGCUGCCUCGGCACCCGAGACGCCAGCGUCCUCGUACCCACCCUGGAUGAAGAGUCCAGACCGAGGCGGCCUCUCGUUUUCCCCAGUGAACUCUAAUCUGAGAGACCUCACCCCUUCUCACACCUUGGAGAUGGGGGCGUACAGGCCGGAUUCAACCUCCGCCGGCCCCUUCAGUGAAGCGGCGCCCUUUUAUUCCUGCAAUGAGGAGAGCAGCGGCGUGACCUUUACUCGCUCGUUGAGUGGUGAUGGCGCAGGGGAGGGAGGUGCUGCGAAGAACCCACAGAAGAAAAAGGUGUCUCUUCUAGAGUAUAGGAAACGGCAGCGCGAGGCACGGCGAAGUGGCUCCAAGGGAGAGUGUAGCUCCCCUGUUUCCACGGCACCACCAGUAGACGUUUUCCCUGUCGCAGUGGAAGUGGCCCCUGAGCCACCUGUUGUCGCAGCAACGCCAACCCCGAGGACACCUCAGCAUAGCGAGGAGCCAGACGCCCCACCUCAGGGGGAGAGAGACGGAGAAGGGCAGUGGACAUCUUCAACAUCGGUAGAGCAGGCCAGGGAGCGAAGCUACCACAGGGCCUUGUUGUUGAGUGACCAUCGCAAGGAUGCAGACAGUGGAGAGUCAGAAGGUGGUGACUCCCAGGUGAAGGAAUGUCCUUCUCCCAAGAGCUGCAAGAGCCCCUCAACACAUGCACCUUGUUCUCCAGCACCCCAGACUGUGUCUCGACCAUCCAAGGAAGAUGAUAUUGAAGCACAGCCUCGUGGUCCUUCUCAGCCUCAGGCACUGUCCGUCCAGCAAUCCAGCAGCAAGACUUCAAGCUCCAAACCAGCCGCUCUGACGCCCAGCAAGCUCCACUGCGGGCCCUCGGGCGCCUCGCAGAGUCACUACGCUGGACCUUCGCUCAUGCACUCUCCCAAAGCGCAACCCCAAGGUUCACCUUACCGCGGCCAGCGAGCCUUCCUGACAGCUCAGCCUCAGAACCAGCCUCAACCCCAGGCUUCGUCUGGCCCGGCCACUUUCCCUCAGUACAACCCCCAAAACGCCCCCGCCGCGCCGCCCCCUCCUCCCCCAGCCCCGCCCACCUCGGCUUCCUACUUCCCCGCUCAGCCCACCGCCGCCGCCACGCCGUUUCCCGCGUUCAAGCCUACCGUGGCGUCUCCUUUUCCUCCCGGUUCCCAACCUCUCCUGCAGUCCCAUCAUGCAUUGCAUUACCAAAGCAGUGCCGCCCCUCCCCCUCCGCCCCCUCCUCCCCCGCCCCACCCGCAACCUGGUCCCACCUUGCUGCACGUCAAUCUGCAACCUCCUUCGAUGCAGCAGCAUCAACUUCUGCUGAGCUCGGCUCCGCCACCACCACCUCCGCCGCCGCCUCAGGGGCAGAGCUCCCAGCAGCCUCCGCCUAAUAGCGGCACGCUCUUAUCUAUCAAACAAGGACCACACCCACCCCUUCCUCCCCCUCCUCCCGCUCCCUCCAGCAGCGCACCGCACCCGUUCCAGAACAUCGGUGGCUUUCAAACCACUCUGCUUCACCAGUCUGCACCAGCCAACCCCUCAGUAACCCCUUCCACUUAUCAACAAACUGUAUUACCCCCUCCUCCUCCUCCACCUCCCCAACAAACUCCUCCCACACAGACCCCGCCCAAUCCAAGCGUCACACAGAUCGCCGGUGGUAACCGAGGACCUGCCCCUUCGUCGGCCCCCUUUCACAGUACCGGCUACUUGGGCACAGGAUGGCACUGACCACACCCACCUAACCCCGCCCCCUAGACAAACACGCUCAGAGAGGGGCGGAGCUACAUCGUGUAACAUAGGCAACACAGCACCACUGUAAAUAUUUUCUAUGUACCUUUUCACAAAGGCUAAAGGAAAGCGGUGGGGGUACAUUUUAAAAAGAAAAACGAGAACUGUACAAGUAGACUUUCUGUAAAAGAAGAUGGUUAACGAACCCUGGUGCUCAUCACUUACCCAGAAGCCCCCACACCUCUCUCCUUCCCAUGACCUUGUACUGCCAUCCUGUCUUUUCCAGACGUCUUUUUUUACUUUGAAUGUUUUUAUUCAUUUUAAUCGCCCUUUCCGGUUCCUUCCCGUUGAAUCCUCCCUGUAUCCUCCCAGCGCGGUGCAGCGCAAAUGGGACAUUCCGGUUUGCUCCGUACCUUUCCUUGUUCUUCCCGUUUCUCACUGUUUUUUCACUCAUCAGUUAUUUGUUUUAUCUAGUGGCUCAUUAUAUAGCAAAAAGGUUUUGUAUAGAGAAAAAAAUACAGAAUUAUUAUUUUUUUUAUUCCUCCAUGUAACAAAAAUAUCUGUGCACCGCUGCAGAAAUUCAGAGGAGACCUUUCCGAUAGGCCGCUUCACUGCCCCAGGAGACUGCACUUGUGUGAAUGAGCGAGUCCGUGUGCAUGAGUGUCUGUUUUUAAGCGGAAGGGAGCGUGUAUGCUUGAGUCCCGCCCGCAUCCGUGCGCAUAUUUGAACUGCGCGCGAGAGGCGGAAGGCAAAUACGGCGCAGACAGAUGCGUGCUGUUCUCUGUGGCAGCUUUAGAAAGAGAGGUCCUUCCUGUAGGGGGUAAGCGGUUUAUUUUUGAAUAUCAAUGGUUAUUUGUAGAAAGUGUAAUUUAAUGUAUAGGUGGUUACUCCAGCUUUCUCCAGAAACAGUUGUAAAUAUUGGCUUCUUUUCUUUUCUAUGCUUGUAUAAUUCGCUCCCAUCCCCAUUUUGGAAUAUGGUUGUAAAUACAAGCGCUCUUGACAAAAACGCUGAAUGUUUCUGUGACUGUAGCACUAUUUUUAUUUCUUCCUCUCUGGUUUAUUUUUUUUUACUGUUUGUGUGUGUGUAUGUGUGUGUGAAGGACAGAGGCUCACAGACACAGCACUGGUUGGCUAUUUUCAUGGUUCAUUAUAAUAAAUCACUGUAAUGACAGUUUUAUACCAA